AUGGAGACGGCGGUUCAGGUGGAGGAGUUAACUUCCGGUGCGAGCGGCCGCAUAAUUCCGCUAUUCAAAAACCUCCGGCAGUCGAUCAUUUCCUAUAAUGCCUUCAGAAAAUCUGUCCUGUUAAUCUACUCGUUUUUUGUAUGGAUCGUCCUAAUACUCCCUCGCCGCCAUCGCCGGUCGUCCUCAGCUGCCGCCUCUCCGCCUCAGUCCCCCAGGGCGGAGACUCGGAGAAAGUUUGGUCUUCGGAGAGAUGAGGAGGAUACGCUAAGGCGUAGGGCACUCGCGGAGGAUAUAGAGAUGAUGGUGGAGGAUACUGGUGACUGGAACAGCCGGUGCCAGUGGAAUACGUUUCUGUUUUACGGUGCGCGACGGAAUGCUCUCUUCUGCCGGUCGUGGUUCCCGGUUUCCGGUGAAUUAAAGGGUAUUUUGAUCAUCAUACAUGGGCUUAACGAGCACAGUGGACGCUACUGUAAUUUUGCCAAGCAAUUGAUCUCCUACAACUUUGGGGUCUAUGCAAUGGACUGGAUAGGUCAUGGAGGAAGUGAUGGAUUGCAUGGAUAUGUGCCUUCACUGGAUCACGUCGUUGCAGACACGGGGGUUUUCCUAGAGAAUAUUAAAUCGGAGAACCCAGGUGUACCGUGUUUUUUGUUUGGUCAUUCGACUGGAGGAGCAGUGGUUUUGAAGGCUGCUUCGUAUCCACUUCUAGAAGAAAUGCUGGAGGGAGUCAUAUUGACUUCACCAGCAUUGCGCGUUAAGCCAGCCCAUCCUAUUGUUGGUGCCAUGGCACCAAUUUUCUCACUGGUGGCUCCGAGGUUCCAGUUCAAAGGUGCUAACAAGAGAGGCAUUCCAGUUUCCAGGGAUCCUGCAGCACUCUUGGCCAAGUACUCUGAUCCAUUGGUCUAUACUGGACCCAUAAGGGUCCGAACAGGCCACGAAAUUUUGCGCAUCUCAUCUUACUUAACACGCAAUUUCAAGUCUAUCACGGUCCCCUUUUUCGUCCUUCAUGGAACAGCUGAUAAAGUCACUGAUCCAUUGGCUUCUCAGGAUUUGUAUAAUGAGGCAGCAUCCAAGUUUAAGGACAUAAAACUCUAUGAGGGGUUCUUGCAUGACCUCCUGUUCGAGCCUGAGCGAGAAGAUAUAGCUCGUGAUAUCAUCGAUUGGAUGGAGAAGCGAUUAAGUCUCGCGUGA